AUGGACACAUGGACAACAGGACACAUGGACAACAGGACACAUGGACACGUGGACAACAGGACACAUGGACAACAGGACACAUGGACAACAGGACACGUGGACAACAGGACACAUGGACAACAGGACACGUGGACAACAGGACACAUGGACACGUGGACAACAGGACACGUGGACAACAGGACACAUGGACACGUGGACAACAGGACACGUGGACAACAGGACACGUGGACAACAGGACACGUGGACAACAGGACACGUGGACAACAGGACACGUGGACAACAGGACACGUGGACAACAGGACACGUGGACACGUGGACAACAGGACACAUGGACAACAGGACACGUGGACAACAGGACACGUGGACAACAGGACACGUGGACAACAGGACACGUGGACAACAGGACACAUGGACAACAGGACACGUGGACAACAGGACACAUGGACAACAGGACACGUGGACAACAGGACACAUGGACAACAGGACACGUGGACAACAGGACACGUGGACAACAGGACACAUGGACAACAGGACAGUGUUUCUUUUAUGGAACUCACCUGA